AACUAACACAGACAGCAAGAUUCUGUUUUCAUGUGUCUUGUGAUGUUGCAGAGACUAUUCUUGGCUUGCCUCCUCUCUGUUUCCUUUUUCCCUGUCUGACUGCACAUUGUUCACCUUUUCUCUUUCUGUAGACUGCCGAUGGAAGUAUCAGAAGGAGCAGCUCAAGUGUAGUGCUUGCCCCAACAAGAACUCUUGUUGCUGGACUAAGCUCAACCUUGAAACAGAACUUGACUCCUACUGCUAUAAAAGGAAGCAAAAAAAUUGAAAACUUCAACCGUACAGCUUCUCUAACUCUUUUACAUCCUCCUCGCAUGAUCCCCUCAUUCCCCUUAAAGAGGAAGCAUGAAGUACUUGAGCACCAAAAUGCUCACCUUCCUCCCAAAAUCUGUCGGCAUUUUCCUAAAUGGAAGCCACCUCAUUGCUCCCAAAAAAAGGCAGGGGAAGGAGGAGUUAAUGAUCUGAACACAGCCAGGCCCAAAACUUCCAUCCCUGAACUCCCAGCUCUACCUCCAGAGCCACAGACUGAAGUCAGUCCUUCACAUAAAACAGGGGUAGUUUUAGAGGUACAUAAAGACCUGUAUGCCUCAAAUCCCACCAGACAAAUUCUGCAGAGCAAGAUGAAAGAAGAGUGCUGUGACUUGGCUAAAAAUGCUUCAAAACAGACCCCAUCUUCUUCGAACUGCAGACCACUGAAACACAAGCAGGCCAAAUGUGGGCCUGACCAGGGAACAAAUGGGCCAAAGAUAUCCCAUGAGGAUGCUAAUGGUGGUAAACCCCAGCACCAAUCCGGAGCUGGCUGCCUAAACGCAAUCCUGACAUCUGACCGCAGAGUAAAAGAUUCUGAGAAGCUGAACCCGGAAGAGAAGACGGAAAUCCUUGAGAAGGCUGGAAAGGCUAAGGCACUUGUGCUUACCCUGGUGCACCGAAAUGGAACAACUCAAUUAGACCCACAACAGAAACUCUCUUCACCAGUGUGUGGCCUCCUCGUGCUGAUGAAGAACAAUCUCGACUGCAGCACACCAGAGGACUCACUCGGGCCAAAUGACUGUCUGGUCUACUUAAAACUAGAGCACACACCUGCACGGGCCCUGCAACACACACACCAGAGUCAAGGGCUCUUUACCAGAGAUAUGCUGCUACAGGUGCUAUCAGGAUCUCAACUGGUGGUGUGCUAUAAAGCUAAGGAUUUGCUUCGCACAGCUCUCCAGUGUUACAGACGAGAUCUCAGCUGGAAACAAGUGGCAGGCUGUCAAAUCCAGGACCCACAGGUGUCAGGGUGGCUACUGGAUCCUGCAAAUCCCUCCUCUUGCUACCAGGACCUUCUCAACAAACACUGUAAAAGACCUCUUGCAAAGCCUGUUUUUGGUACCAAGAAGAUUUCCCAGGUCAUCUCAGGUCUCUGUUCACUCUACUGUCUGAACAUGGAGCUAUGCUCUAAACUACAGAGCCAGGGGCUGUGGGAGCUGUACUCAGACAUGGAGCUGAACAUGAUCUCUGUUCUGGCAGCCAUGGAGAGCCAUCGCAUCCAUGUGGACAAGGAAGCUCUGAAAAGAACUUCAGAUCUGCUGGGGACUAAGAUGAAGCAGUUGGAGCAGGAGGCCCACCGAGCAGCUGGACAAACAUUCCUGGUCACCAGCAGCACUCAGCUACGAACAGUUCUGUUUGAGAAGCUGUGCCUCCACAAGCAAUGCGAGAACAAGAAACUCCCCAAGACCAUCAACAAACAGCAGCAGUCAACAUCAGAAGCUGCAUUGUUGCAGCUUCAGGACUUACACCCUCUGCCAAAGAUCAUUUUAGAGCACAGACAGGUUCACAAGAUUAAGUCGACUUUUGUUGAUGGGAUUCUGUCAUGCAUCAUGAGUAAGAACUACAUUUCCUCCACUUGGUGCCAGACAAGUGUGGUGACAGGGAGAAUCUCAGCAAAGCACCCAAACUUCCAAGCUCUGCCGAGACAGCCGCUUCAAAUCACCAAGACGCAGUACAUCCAAGGAAAGGUGGAGGAGGAGGUGGUGAGCAUUCAUCCUCGGGCAAUGUUCAUUCCUCAGGAAGGAUGGACUUUUCUUGCUGCAGACUUCUGCCAGGUGGAGCUGCGUCUGCUGGCUCACCUCUCCUCUGACCCUGAGCUGCUCCGCAUUUUCACCCACCCGCAGGCAGAUGUCUUUACGAUGUUGGCCUGUCAGUGGAAAGGAGUGAGUGAAGAUGUGGUGACUUCUGAGGACCGCGAACAUGCCAAGCGCAUUGUAUACUCGGUUGUGUACGGGGCAGGUCGUGAGCGUCUGUCAGGGAUCCUCGGGGUGAGUGCCGAACAGGCCAGCCAAUUCCAGGACAGCUUCCUCCAGACCUACAGAGAAGUCCAGGCCUUCAUCCAAAGGACCAUCCAACAUUGCCACAAACAGGGUUAUGUGCUUUCCAUUAUGGGUCGUCGACGGACCCUCCCUCACAUCAACUCCUCUGACUGGGGCAUCCGCAUGCAGGCUGAGAGGCAGGCUGUUAACUUUGUUGUCCAAGGUUCUGCUGCUGAUCUCUGUAAAAUGGCCAUGAUCAGAAUCUUCAACCUGGUCUCAUCCUCCAGCUCACUGUCUGUCAGGCUCGUAGCGCAACUCCACGAUGAACUUCUGUACGAAGUGGAGGAUUCCCAGGUGGAACAUUUUGCAGGUUUGUUGAAGAGCACCAUGGAGUCCCUCCAACACAUAGACCACCUUGGGGUCCAUCUUAAGGUCCCCCUGAGGGUGGCAGUCUCCAGUGUGGAAAACAGUGCUCCAUUUUGCCCAUAGAACCCAAUGAGAGGAAUGUGCUCUCCGUGUGCCGCCACGAGAGAAGCUUUUCUCACCAGAGCACUGCCUCCUCUUUAAUGACCUGGAGAAGUGAAGGCCUGAGGGUCUCUCUGUUCUCAAGGGCAUCAGCAUGAGCUUUCCCUCGCUGCCAUGGCGACCGUGAGAUGUGGCAGGCACCGUACACACAUCGGGUACAGAGGCAUGCCACACUUGCAUUGCUUUUUGCAUUCUGCAGUUGGUUGGCUGGCAGGCAUGAUGUCACCCAGGCAGUGCUGCAGUUGUUUUUGAAAGACACGGAAGACUGUUUCCUCGCGUGGGAGGAAACAUCAGUUCCUCUGUGCCAGGAUGAUGGAUAACCCAGCUGGCUUCCUCUGCACCUUCAGCAGUGAUGAGAAAUGGAGAGCAAGAGGAGGAGCGAUACAGAGGUCACAUGUUGCCACUGCUGGCUCUCCUGCCUCCGCUCCAGCCGUGACCCCUUGACUCUCUGCAGCGACUGUGCAGCCCGGCUCGACUCUGCUCCUCAGACUUCAGUGUGUUCUUCUCAGUUUUUCUCCAUGCUUCAGCGGCUGUCUAAGAGUAUAUAUUUGAAGUCCAUCAGUUAGAAAGUCAGAAUCCUCCUGGUUCGAGUUGAAGCCCUUUGUUCCACAGAGCUACCACAAGCUGAAGGUGAGUACAGUACUUUUGUUUGACUCACCAGACCCCACAGAAUCAGGAGCUAAAUAUUCACAAGACCAUUUGGUUGCAUUUUUUCAAAGUUUUUCUGAUUUCUUUCAGAAAAUGAAGAUCCAGAUUGUGCUUCUGGCCCUUGCUUUUUUGGCUGUGAUCAGUGCUGCGCCAGCACCAAACAAAGAUUCCACCAAAAAUGAAGAGGUUAAAGUUGAAGAGUUGCCCUCUUCCCUAGAAAAAGAGCUAGAAUCUUUGGAAGUGCCAGAGAUGGAUGUUUCUGAAGAGGAUGUGCCAGAGCUGGACAUUUCCGAAGAGGAUGUGCCAGAGCUGGACGUUUCCGAAAAGGAUGUGCCAGAGCUGGAAAUUCCCGAAGAGGAUGUGCCAGAGCUGGACGUCUCCGAAGAGGAUGUGCCAGAGCUGGACGUUUCUGAAGAAGACUUGCCAGAGGUGGACGUUUCCGAAGAUGAUGUGCCAGAGCUGGACGUUUCUGAAGAAGACUUGCCAGAGGUGGACGUUUCCGAAGAUGAUGUGCCAGAGCUGGACGUUUCUGAAGAAGACUUGCCAGAGGUGGACGUUUCCGAAGAGGAUGUGCCAGAGCUGGACGUUUCUGAAGAAGACUUGCCAGAGGUGGACGUUUCUGAAGAAGACUUGCCAGAGGUGGAUGUUUCCGAAAAGGAUUUGCCAGAGCUGGACGUUUCCGAAGAUGAUGUGCCAGAGGUGGACGGUGUUGAAGAUAGUAUCACUCUUGAAGUUGAGAGCCUGUAAGAUACGUUUUCAAAGAAGAAUAGAUUAUGGAAGUCUUCUCAUAUUUUUCAAAUAAUUAAUUUGUGAAAAAAAGCCUGCAUAGUGACUCAAGCCACAACAUUUAUUCAAAAAGAUUUUAGUAUAUACAAUGUGACCCUACCCUACCUUAUGUUACAGUGAGUGUCAUAUUCUGUCAAUAUUCUGGAGUGAUAAUAGGCUCUUGUCCUGUUUGAGCAGCAUAUGUUUGUGGGCUCAAAUGUUAAAGAAGACAGAAUUAGUAGCUAAAGCCACUGUAUCUGACUGACCAUCUCACAGAAAAUCUCAGAAAAUAAAAAUGUAAGGCAACAUUUAAGCUUAUAUGUUGUUUAUAUUGUCGUCUGUAUCUUUGUAUCUGUAUCUGCUCUUCCUCUCUAGCUCUCCUGCUGACAUGAUCAUGAUACUGUAUACAAUAAAUAGUGUUUUGGCAUCCAAACCAGCUGGGUUGUUGUUUUGCAAUGAUCAGAUCAAGUAAAAGCUUUUGACAGCAUAAGAAUAGGCAGUCUUAGUGUAGCAUACCCUCCGAAAGAUGGUAAGAGACUCGACUGAUGGUUUUAAGGUUUAUUGCUGAUCCAUAAACCAGCUCUAUGAACCAACGUGAGAACUGACAAAACAAACAAAAAACAAAACGAUCACAUCUCCGUUUCCACCUCUGUCCACAAUAAACGGCUAACAAUCACAGUACUUGUCAAUCAGAGAGUUUACAUAUUUAGUGUAUAUACAUGCAUAACAAAUGAUCAAUUAAUUCAGUAAUAAUUAUAAGUACAACGCACACCAACCUUGUGCCUCCACGGGGGGUUGCCAUAAUCGUUUGCCAUUAAUUCCUUCCUAUCCAAGCGGCCUUUUGGUUUCCCCAGCAACGCAACACAAGGAGCCAGUGCGCAUCAGUGAAUUUCAAAAUAAAAUCUCUCUAUUCAGUCGUGGAUCAGCAGUUAGGGUGUCGGACCCGUAACCGGUGGAUCGCUGGUUCGAUUCCCCGUACC